UUGCGUGGGGGCGAAACAGGGAGGGAGUGAGAAAACGACCAAAACCGACGGGUUCAUAAAAAUUUGAUCAUCAAAAUUGUGAGAUUGUGUCGGAUCACGAGAAGUCUACAGCCUGACUGAGAAAUUCUCUCCGUUUUCCUUUUCCUCGGCGACGGUGACGGCGUCGGCGAAAUUUGCAGAUAAUGUCUCCUCCAUACACCGAUUCAUGUCCUUCUGUGAAAAACAUCCUCCUUCUUGAUUCUGAGGGGAAACGUGUGGCUGUUAAAUAUUACUCAGAUGAUUGGCCAACAAAUAGUGCAAAGGAGGCUUUUGAGAAGGCUGUAUUCAACAAGACGCAAAAGACCAAUGCCCGAACAGAAGCGGAAGUAGCACUCUUUGAGAAUAACGUUGUUGUUUACAAGUUUGUCCAAGACCUUCACUUUUUUGUUACUGGGGGUGAGGAUGAAAAUGAGAUUAUCUUGGCCACAGUGCUGCAGGGAUUUUUCGAUGCUGUUGGCGUUCUGCUAAGGGGCAGGGUAGAAAAAAGUGAAGCACUUGAGAACUUGGAUCUCAUUCUAUUAUGUAUUGAUGAAAUUGCGGAUGGCGGUAUAAUACUGGAAACUGAUCCAGAUGUUAUAGCUGGGAAAGUCGCGAGCAAUAGUCUAGAUUCUGCCACUUCUUUAUCUGAACAGACAAUAAGUCAAGCAUUGGCUACAGCCAGGGAACAUUUCACCAGAUCUCUUCUUAAAUGAUCCCUAUUAUGCUGUUUGGCAAAAGAGGAGUCUCUUGCUCAUAUUCCUAUCAUGAUAAGUUAACUGUGUCUUAAGUGCCUUCUCAUCAUCUUAUUACUCUUGGUGUUUGGUUGGUUCUUUGAGGAUCCUUAAGAUUUGAAAAAAAUUUCAGUCAUUACUUAAUUAUUUUUCUUUUUUCUCAGUCAACUUGUAAAUCCUAGCUGUUAGUGUUGAAGGUUUUGGUCGUUGAAUUC